UCUCUUAAAGCUGUUGUUUAUUCAUAACUUCAGAUUGCACAUUACCUGUAUUUUAUAAAAUAUAUUUUCUCUUGAGUUUCUUGAACUGGAGGGUCAAACUGUCUUUUUGCAAAAUAAAUUAUAAAAAGAAUGGGCUCACGGCAAACUACUAAUGCUUUCCCAGAACAAAGUAGUUCACAUGAAAGUUAUAACCUUAAUAGAGUAACGGAAACUGCGACAAGUAGAAGAGUUAGGGUUACAACCAGAGCGCAGAAAAAAAGACAAGAACCGAUUGAGCCAAUGCAAGAUGUAUAUGGUUUGUCAUUGCCAAGCCAAUCACAAAAUUUAAUAGAACCCGAUCCUGAGUUACAACGCAUGCGUAGACUUCGACGUACAGUUCCUCGUGCCGUUACUUACAAAGUUCCUUCCUCUUCAGAAGGAGAUACUGAUAUUGAAAGUUCUUCAACUCGAAUACGAACAUCACGCCAAAAUAAAAGAACACAAGAAAGGGCAGAGUUAGAUGAACCGGAAUCGUCUACUUCAUACAAUAAUUCUUCAGGACCAAUAUCAAGACCUAAUAAACGUAGGGCAAUAAGAGCAGAAGAAGGAGUAUCUCGAAGUGAACAAGACGCUUAUCCGAUUAUUAUCCUACCACCACCUUAUAGAAGUGACUCGCCACUUCCUACAAUCCUACAGACCGCAGAAUCGGAAACAAUUCAGGAUUCUUCUUCAUAUCUACAGCCGUUUAAUUUACCUACUACUGGAAACAACACUGUAUUAUCCCUUGCUGAUCGUUCUAGGACUCCCGAAAUAGAAGUGGUAGACCUCUCCUCUCCUCCUUCUUACCCCAGCAACAAUGCUGCGGAUCCAUAUCCGAACAAUAUUGUGGAUUUAACGUCCUCGCCAGUAAUCUUCUCUCCGAAUACCCAUUCAACCGCCGUCAACUCUUCCUAUAAAAAUUCUAACAAUAAUAAUCACUCACCCCCAGAGAUAAUUAUCAUUGAUGAUGACUCUUCGGCAGAAGAUCUUACUUCUGCAACUUCUCCUUUACCAUCAAAAGGUCUUCAACUCAAGUGCGCGAUUUGUCUUGAUUUUCCAAAAGAUGUUUCAUUUACGCCUUGUGGACAUAUUUUUUGUCGAGAUUGCAUCUCAACCGCUUUGAAAUCUCAAAAAGUGUGUUCUCUUUGUAGGCGUACACUGACAAAGAAACAGAUCAAGCGCUUGGAGUUCAAGAUCUUGGUGAAAUGAUUAUGAUCGAGAGAGUCCUAUAAAAGUGAGUCUCUCUCGCAUUAUCAUUUAACUUUUUCAUUACCGUCAUCAUAUAUUUUAACGAACCGUUUAUUCUUUUUAUUGAGCUUUUCGCUUAUUUAUUUGUUUUAAAAAUUGGUGAUGUGAGUCAGUGCAGUUGUAUCCUAUAGAUGAUAUCUAUAG